CGCCUCGGCCGGUUCGAUACUAUACGUUUCCUGAAAACCUACAUGUGUUUCACGAGGUAUGGGUGGACCGAUCACAAGAACAUUCACAUUCCGACCAAAAUUACAUGGCGGCAUAGAAUUCUGAAUCUGAAACCAGAAAUCAAAGACAGUUGAAUCUCUAUCUUCUCUUCGUUGCAGUUUGAUCUCGUCGCCCUUAAGCAAGUGCAAAGGAUUCAUGGGGAGAACGAACGAGACUUCUGCUUCUGCUAUUGAGAUUGACGAUGAUAAAUCGCCGGCUUCUGAUCAGAUCAAUCCCAAGUUCUCAAUUAAUGUUUUGCAGCUAUUAAAAUCUGCUCAGAUGCAGCACGGAUUGCGACAUGGGGAUUAUACUCGUUAUCGGAGAUACUGCACGGCACGAUUGAGAAGGUUAUACAAAUCACUGAAGUUUACUCAUGGUCGUGCCAAAUACACUAAGAGGGCCAUAACUGAAUCAACAGUGACGGAAGUGAGGUUUCUUCAUCUAGUCCUUUAUACGGCCGAGAGAGCUUGGAGCCAUGCCAUGGAGAAAAGGCAGUUGCCAGAUGGCCCAAAUGCACGCCAACGGAUAUACUUGAUUGGUAGGUUGAGGAAGGCUGCAAAAUGGGCCACACUUUUUGCUCAAUUGUGUGCCAUCAAAGGAGAUUCCAGAACCUCACUAGAAGCAGAGGCAUAUGCCAAUUAUAUGAAGGGAAAUUUUCUUUUUGAACAAGAUCAGAAUUGGGACACCGCAUUGAGUCAUUUCAGGAACACCAGGGCUGUUUAUGAGGAACUUGGAAAGUAUGGAGACUUGGACAAUCAAGUUUUGUGCCGUGAACGUGUUGAAGAGCUAGAACCAAGCAUUCGGUAUUGCCUACACAAAGUUGGUGAAUCAAAGAUACAGACUUCUGAGCUUUUAGACAUUAGCAAAAUGGAAGGACCUGGAUUGGAUCUUUUCAGAGCUAAAUUGGAGACUGUUAUGUCUGAGGCAAGAUCUCAGCAGGCAGCAGCGAUGAUGGAGUUUUGUUGGCUUGGUCAUAGAUUUCCAAUCUCCAAUGCUAAGACCCGGGUCUCCAUAUUAAAAGCUCAGGAGCUGGAGAAGGAUCUAUAUGGCCCAGCAGCUGACUCACUGUCUACAGAGAAAAGGGUUGGCAUUGUUGACAAGAUCUUUGCUGCAUAUCAUGAGGCCAGAAGCUGCAUCCGCAAGGACUUGGACUCUGCAGGAAACGCUGAAACUGUGAAGGACAACCUGAAUGGACUUGAUAAGGCUGUUAGUGCCAUCUUAGUGCAGCGCACAAUAGAGAGAAACCAGUUACUGGUUAGAAUUGCCAAAAGUAAAUUUAAUAAGCACCGCGAGGACAAAGGUGAGAAAAUCACAAAGCCAGAGGAGCUUGUUCGUCUAUAUGAUCUUUUAAUACAGAACACAACUGAUUUGUCUGAUUUAGUUAGUUCUGGAAGAGAUAGAAAACCCGAAGAAGUGUCUUUUGCCGAAGGGUAUUCUAUUAAGGGCCUAGCUUUUUUGGGCAGAAGGUGCUUUUACUUGGCUAAAUCUUACAGUUUAGCUGGAAAGAGGGCAGAAGCAUAUGCAUUGUACUGCCAUGCUCGCACUUUAGCUGAUAAUGCUCUCCAGAAACUUCAGUUUGUGGCUGACUCUGACAUGGUACCGAUCCAAGGGUUGAAGCUGUUAGAGAGCAACUGCAGAUCAAACAGUUGCAUUGAACAUGCUACAGCAAUUAUGGAAGAGACAGUGGCUCCAGAAAAGCUCUCUAAAGGAAUCUCUACCAUAUCAUUGACUGGAGCUGAGAAGAAGGUGGAAAAAUUUCUUCUUGAUAAACUUGAUCUUUUUGAGUCUGCUGUUAGCAACUCCAACAUGAAAGAAGUUCCGCGGAUUGAAGCCUUCCCUCCAGCCUUUCAGCCGGCUCCUCGCAAUCCCAUUGUUUUGGACAUAGCAUUUAAUAUGAUUUGAGUUUCCAUCCCUUGAGAACAGGAUGAAGAAGGACAAAAAGGGAUUCAUCAGUAGGCUUUGGCGAUGACGACCCCAAACUUUGGUAAUGUGUUGAUGGGUUUCUUUUCUGAAUGAGAGAAUCUAGAAGUCACUCUCAACUAUCUUUACUCAAGAGAGUUGAUUUUGUAGCAAUCAUGAAAUUUUUAAAAUUGUGAAUGUAGUGAUUCAAAAUGCAUGCUUUCUACUUUGAUGCAUGAUCUGAAUUCAAACAUAUACCUUUACCAAAAAAAAUAAAGAAUUCAAAUAUAUACAGUUUGAGACUAUUUUUGGGAAAUUGAAAAUCAUGAAUUAUUGCUUCUUU